UUUAUUCACCAUCAAACUCACAGCAUCAACAAAAUCUGUCACAUCCAAAUCAACAAAAUAAGAAAAAUAAAAUAAAAAUCAAAUAAAAAUGCAAAUAUAAAAUGGAACGAAUAGUUUUGGGUAUAUCCGAAAUAAAUUUUAAUAAUACCAACGAUAAUUUAACUGAAAAGCGUCCACUUGUUUCCAAAGCUGAUUUUCGUUUUUGCAGUGAAAAUUGGUGCUCACCCAUUAACCAAACCAACGAACACGACGACGACGACAUUUUGACUAAAACCAAUUCAGUAUUUAACAACGACAAUCGUUGUUGGUCUUCCUCGCCAAUGGCUGCAGUUGUUUCCGAUGAAUCCACUGCCACUGGCGACGAAUCCUCUCCCCAAAUUGACUCCGAUUCAACUCCACCAAAUUACAGACGAAGUCUACCUCCUCGAUUAGCCAAAUCCAAGGAGAAUUCGAGUUCCUUGUUCCAAAUUAAACGACGUUCCAUACAAAAACCAAAACGAAAUGUGCCAAUUAAAAAAAUCUAUUUGGACAAUAAAAUCAAGGGAAAUUUCCGUCCCUCGAAUUUGGAGACAAUAUUCGAAGAACCAACUCCGGAUAAAAACAAACAACUCUGUUUUAUUGGCGAGAAGAAGAUUCGUCGGAGUUUGUCCUGUUCGGAUGGAUUGAAUAUUACCAAAACAAUUGUCAAAUCGAGGAGGAAUAAAAUCAAAAAGACUUUUGGCAGACGAUUUGCGUUGAAGAAGAUUUCUUUAGAUGAAUUUAUUGAUCGACUGAAUUCGAGUUUUGAUGAGAGUAAAGCAACAACAACUUCGCAAAGUGUUCCUGCGACACCAACGCCCACCACAAAUAUUAAUGACGAUAAGGCUGAGGAGGAAAUUCCUAAUUUAUUGACAAAGACAAUAGAAUCAAAUGAGGCUGAUGGCGAAGAUGGAGGAGAUGGAAUGGAAUGUGGUGAUGAGAAUUUGAACUAAGAGAGAGAGAGUGCCUUUAUUUCUGUGUAGCUUCUUUGUUGGAGAGGAAGAAGAGACUUAUUUCCAAAUGUGUCCAAAAUUAUAUUUUAUUUGUUUUAAAUUUCUUUUUCUAUCAAUUUUGUGUAUUUCUUUGUUUUUACUCUCAACACCAAAACCAAUCAAACUCUCCUUGAAUUAUAUCAAAAAAAUAUAUAUUAUAUUCGUUUAAGUGUUUAUUGUUGA